AUGCCUCCAGCACUCAGCGACGAUGAGACUUCGGACAUGGAGCCGCAGGCGACGACGACGCGAUCCUCCCGAAGCUCGCGAUCUCUGGCCGACAAUGCACCCGGCGCGAGGAGCGACGACGAAGAAGGACCUGUGGCUGCUAAUGGCGGCAGCGAGGUUGACGGGGAAGACGAUGAGGCGGACGAGGAUCUCGAGGAGGACGUGUUCAUCGUCGAAGCAAUCAAGAGCCACAUGAUUGAUGAAGAUGGCAGUCUCCGGUUCCAGGUGAAGUGGGAAGGCUACGAGUCCAAAAAGGACUUGACGUGGGAGCCUGAGGAGAAUCUGGUAGAAUCGGCGCAGGAGAUCCUAGACGAGUACUUUCGCAGGUUUGGUGGGCGAGAGAACAUUUUCAACGAGACAGAGAAGGCGGCAAGGGGGAGGAAGAGAGGCCGAGCAGCCUCAAGCGCCGGCGCUGCGGCGGCGGCGACGACGACGGCCAAGCGAUCGCGAAAGAAUGGCACGCAUCCUCGUGAUUCGGCACCACCUGCCAGCGCCAAACCGUGGCAGCCACCUGCGGGCUCCUGGGAAGAAGAAAUCGCCACGAUUGACGCUUGCGAGGACGAGGGAAAAGGCAAGCUUGUCGUCUAUCUCAUAUGGAAGAACGGACAGAAGACGAAGCAUGAGACGUCUGUCAUUUACAAAAAGUGUCCCCAAAAGAUGCUGCAAUUCUACGAAAGACAUGUCAAGAUUAUUCGAGAUGAUGACAAGACGGCGGCGUAG